AUGGGAAGGAGAAGGGCUUCGUUUUUGCUAGUGGUUGUGGUCUGUUGUGUAGUAGGUGUGGGUGGCAAUGAAGAUGAAUGGAGGCGGAAGGAGGAAGAAGGCAGUGAAGGUAGUGGAGAAGAGGGCGGAGCAGUGCGGCCAAAAGGAGUGGACUGGCUCUUGUUGCAGGAUACAAAGCAAGUGGUGAAGAUUGAUGCAGGGAAUAUGAGGGUGUUUUUCUUCAUUUGUGGAGGAACAUAUCCAAUGUCAAUAUUUUCAGGUUUUGAUCCCUUAAUGCUGUCAACGGCAUUCAAUGUGAGUUUCUGUAGCCAAAUUAAAGAAAUUGUUGACGAGCAAGAAGCUGGUCCAAUAAUUUCUCUGUCCAAUUCUCAUUCCCCGAACAUAUGA